AGGAGCCACCUAGAUCCCCACGAAUACCAAAACCAGUAUCUGAAUGGUGCCGAUGCGGGAACUGUGGUGCAAUGCCUACUGAACACGAGAGCUUGUGCUGUCAGGAGGUCCCAGAGGUCACAAGGCGCAUGGAGCAGGUGGAGGGCACUCAGCCUCAGUGUGUUAUCGACCAUCCUGGAUUUUAUGCCACGUCCCUCAAUGUGUAUGUGCUUCAAGCCAUGUACAACAUCUACAGAGCAGAUCAUGGACCAGUACGGCUACGGGGCAUAGAGCACCGUUACAGAUAUCUGGCGUACAGGAUGUUUGUCAGUUGGUGUUGGGGAUUCCUUGGGCGCCACAUAAGAGUCGUGGUUCCAUCAUGUGUCGUCCUGCGUGUUCGUCGGGAGUUUCCAGAUAGUCAACAGCAAUACAUGGGCUUCAGACUGCCUCCCCUGCGUUGA